AUGGCCUACGCGCAACGGCGUCCUACCCUCAUGCUUCCCUACGGAACACACGCGCUCCUGAAGAACACUUUCGAUCACGGACACCCCUCUCGCGGACUGGUGCUGCGGCCAGUCGCUCACAUACGGCUUCCAGGGCUUCUCGUACCCGCUACGAAGAGGGAUCUCGGCGAGGCCAUAGUGCGGAUCUACUAUCCCCUAUGUCUCGAGCCGUCCGUGUUGGAGAACGCGCUGCGGGCCGGCAUUGAGAACGAUGUGGCUAUCAUGUUCCAGGAGGCAUGGACUAACUUUGGAGAGGGUGUUUCGAGCAACACAACCCCUUUUAGUUUUGGUCGCGAUUCGUCCUGGCGAUCGCCCAUGUUUGAUGAAUGGAGGCAGUCGCAGCAAGCUAUAUACGACGUGCUGGAGUCGUCCGAGUUCGAGCCUAUUGCGCCAUACCACGGAGGUGGACAGCAGAGCAGUAUAGCCAGUACCGUACUGGGAGAAGCAAGACGAGAUGUGCGAGACUUUCAAGGAAAUCAACGUGGGCUGGUUUCUCCAUACUUGGCGAGGCGGGGAGGGGGACCUUCGAUUGCGUGUAUGAAGAGAAUGGGUCCUAUGUGA